CUGACCUUCGAGCAGGCACUGAAGCGCCUUGAGGAGAUCGUCGAGGCGCUGGAAACGGACGAUCUCGAUCUGGAGAAAUCCGUGCAGUUUUACGAGGAAGGGGUGUCGAUGUACCGCCACUGCACGCAGCAGUUGCAACGGGCUGAAAAGCGUAUCGACAUCCUGCAAGCCAACGACGACGGCACCCUGAUCCCGGAGCCUUUCGCGAUUCAAGAAGAGAGCGGGGGUAGCAACGGUCAGGAGGAAAUUCCGUUCUAA